GAUGCCACCCACAUCCAUGAUCCACCUUCCAUUCUUCUACCCUAACUCGAUUUUCAUUUUUUCACUUCAGUACGCUUUGUCACGUAAUUCAGCUGAUUGUUUCGUUGAACUCUGAUCCCCAGAAGAUCAUGUCAGAUCCCAAACACGGGGAUACUCCGCCGGCCCCGAUUCCACCGCCGCCCGGCGCAGCCGCGGCCACCCGAGAUUCCGAGAGCCAGACGGCGGCGGGGACGGCCACCGGGGUGGGCAGCAUCCUCCGGCGGUGGAAAAGAGAGGACUUCCUCAAGAAAUCUUAUCUGGGCUUCCGCUGCGGCGCCCUGCUUUUCUCAUCGCUCGCAUUCAUCAUCAUGGCCAGCAAUAAACACGGCGAUUGGAAGGAUUUCGACCGAUACGAGGAGUACAGGUAUGUAUUGGCAAUUGCUGUUCUAUCCACAUUGUAUACUGGAUUGCAAACUUUCAGGCGAAUCCAUGAACUUUCUACCGGGACAGAGUUCUCUUCUCCAAGAAACUGGGAUAUGAUAGACUUUAUUGGGGAUCAGGCGGUGGCGUACUUGUUAAUUUCAGCGGCAUCAUCUGCGGUGCCAUUGACGAAUAGGAUGAGAGAAAAUGUAGACAACAUAUUUACAGACUCUUCUGCGUCGGCUAUAGGCAUGGAGUUCUUGGCGUUCCUUGCCAUGGCGGUUUCCGCCAUUAUUUCUGGAUAUAAACUUUCUCGCCAGUCAUACAUUUGAUGAUUUUGCACAGCCUUAUACAUACACCCAUACCGGCACUCAUAUGUGUGAGAUGAUGAUUCUUUGUGUCAUAACUUUUUCCCUUUCUUUCUUGUUUGUUUGCUGUUUGUACACAUAAACUUUGGGCUUGUACAUGUGUGGCGAUUUUUUGUGUGUAAAAAGCAACAUCAAUAAGGCAGAUUCUUGUCAUCAUUCCUGGAAUAAACACUUUUUCAUCCC